AUGGUGCCACAUACAGUGCAAGGCAUUGUCCAGGGCACUGUCAUUGGCGCCCCAGAUAGUGCCUUGUACCGAAACAAUGGUGCCAUAGUGCCAAUUAAGCUAGAUGAGUCAACUGAGCUGACAAGAGUAAGAGUGCAGCCAACCCAGGAGGAAAUAAACAAGGAAAAAGAGGUUGCGGAGGAGACUGAGAAAGUGCAAGAGAAGGCAUUAGAAAAAGUGCCUAAGCAAGAUCUAAAUCAAGCCACAAAAAACGACCUCCAGCACCUUUCCGGCAGAGGUUGGCCAAAUAUCAGAAGGAUGAAUAGAAUAAAAAAAUUCAUGGAAAUGUUGAAGCACAUUCAGGUAAACAUUUCUCUAAUCGAUGCUUUAAGGGAAAGGCCCGGUUAUGCAAAACUAAUGAAGGACUUGAUGUCUCAUAAGUUUGACUUCCAAGACUUGACAACUCUCACAUUGACACAGACCUGUAGUGUUGCUGUUUCAAGACCUAUAACUGAGAAGAGAAGCUUCAUAAUUAUAUGCACCAUAGGUAGUUAUGCAUUUGCCAAGGCAUUGUGUGAUUUGGGAGCAAGUAUAAAUCUGAUGCCUUUGCCUAUCUAUAAAAGGUUAUACAUUGGAAGAGCAAGGCCCAUAUCCAUGUUACUACAACUAGCUGACCGAACGAUAAAAAGGCCAUCAGGUAUACUUGACAACGUACUUGUGCAAGUUAGAAAAUCAGUGUUUCCAGCAAAUUUUGUCAUUCUAUACUACAAAGUUGAUGAAGAGAUUCCCAUAAUUUUGGGAAGUUUGUUCUUGGCCAUAGGAGAGCUCUAA